AAAUUAUUUAGUAUAAAAAAAAAAUAUUGUAAAUAUUCUUGACAAGUUUGUGUUUCAUAUAUUUUUUUAAGUGUCAUUAAAUUAUUAUUAAAAAAUGGUUUGGAUAAUUGACUCAAUCAAAGCAAUUCCCACACACAUGGACUAUGCUGGACAAGCAAGAGCUGAAAAAUUAUCCAGAAUAAUUGUAACACUCUUUGGAGUUGUUGGACUUUUAUGGGGUUACAUUAUUCAAGAAUUUUCACAAGCUCUUUACAUACUUGGAGCUGGAUGUGUUAUGGCUGCUUUGAUCACAGUACCACCCUGGCCAAUGUACAGACAAAAUCCUCUUGAUUGGCAAAAACCACCAACUGAAGUACCAACUAAAAAAUCUAAAAAUAAAAAAAGAAUUGAUUAAUAUAAUUAUUUUAAUUUACAAAAUAAUUUAAUAAUUUCUUAAUAAAUUUUACAAUUAAAUUAAUUAAAUCAAUGUUAUAUGAAUUUUAAUAAAUUAAGAAAAAUUGAUUAACUAUUAUUUUAGUAUAUUUUUUUUACGUAAUUAUUGUUUUUAAUUUUAUUGGGAUUUUGGAUAUUUAAAAUAUUUUAAUUAAACGAGUAAAACUUGUUUUUUUUUUUUUGAUGCUCAAUAAAAUUGCGUAAUUAAUUAUAACACCAAAUAUGGAUAAUUAAUUUGAAAUAUAAUAGUUAAUAGACACGCCCAUGUGACUAUAUCCCGUCUCUUAUAGAUUUAUUAGAAAAAAAUAAUACAUGAAAGUAUUAUGAAAUUACUUUCACCAUAUAUGAUGCACGACUUCCUACAAAUUGUCACGAAAAAAAUAAUUUUAUUU